UAUUUCCAUAUUUCUCUCUUUCUCAGCCACAACAUCAAUUGCAUGUUAUCUUUUUCAUCAAGGAUUCUCGGAUUCAACGUUCUUUUCUUCUUUAAUUUCUCAGCAUCCCACUAUUUAUUCCAGAAUGUGAAAGGCACAGCAGAAUUUUAUUCUAAGACGAGUUAUUUCAAUAUCAUCAAUAAUCAAAUACCAUGGCUCCUUUGGAUUUCAAAGAGAUUCAGGAGAAGCUUUCCGCUCACUUGAAACCUUGGCAACGCUCCUUUCAGUUCUGGGUUCGAACAGUUGAUAUCUAUACAGGCUACAAGGUGUUCCAACUUCGAGUUAGUUUUGUGAAAGACGUGCAAAAGCAGGAGGCAAUGUGGGAAAGGCAACAUGAACUUGCUGCUGAGAAGAUUUAUGCCAUGUGUUCUGACCUUGGUGGGUUCUUCCUUAAGGUUGCUCAAAUUAUUGGGAAGCCAGACCUAGCCCCAGCUGCAUGGGUGAGAAAGCUUGUUAGGUUAUGUGAUCAUGCACCUGCAACACCAUUUGAUGCAGUUCAAGCCCUACUGGAGAAGGAGUUAGGUCAAAGCAUUGGAGAUAUCUUUGAAAAGUUUGAUGUGAAUCCUCUUGGUUCAGCUUCAAUAGCCCAGGUUCACCGUGCAAGACUGAAAGGUGAUAAGAAUGAUGUUGUUGUCAAGGUGCAACAUCCUGGAGUCCAAGAUCUGAUGAUGACAGACAUCUAUAAUUUGCAGGCUUUUGCUUUAUACAUGCAAAAGACAGAUAUCAAAUUUGAUCUGUAUUCCAUCACAAAGGAAAUGGAAAAACAGAUUGGUUAUGAAUUUGACUUUACAAGAGAGGCCAAUGCCAUGGAGAGGAUUCGACAUUUUCUGUAUGAGAAUAACAAAAAGAGUCCGGUUCUGGUUCCAAGACUGAUACGGGAUUUUGUUACGAGAAGGGUCUUAGUGAUGGAAUACAUUGAUGGGAUCCCAAUCCUGAAUCUUGGCGAUGAACUAGCAAAAAGAGGAAUAAAUCCUGCUGGUAAGAUGGCAGCAGCAGCAAAGCAGUAAGCACCUAGUCAUCCCAGAGAGUAUGGAGUUCAUUUGUCCUAUUCCUUCUUACUUGAAUAAUAAAUUGCUAUUAAUUCUGUGCUAUCUACUUUGUUUUUCCUUUUUCAUAUGUAUUUGUAUUUGCCCAAGUCUUCAAAAGUUGGCUUGUCCUAACAUUUUCUUGUGACCUAGAACUUGUCAUUUGUAUUUUAUGCUGCCAAAAAAAAAAAAAAAAAAAAAAAAAAAAAGAACUGUCAUUUUUUUGCUCCUUGGAGUUCUUUACUUUCCCUUCCUAGUUUUUUGGAUGCAGGUAAUGAUGUCUUAAGAUCGUUUACCCUCCCUGGAAAGAGGAUAAAAAUGGCUUUCAUGUGUUUAUUUAUCAGAAAUAUUUGUCAAUUUUCUCCUAUCCCUAUCUCUCUGCUGCUUGGUAAUUGGCUUGAUGUAGGUCUUCAAGAGAGAGCUUUUCUAAAUGCAGGAACAUACUUAAGAGCUUGACACUAGCAUAUGGACAGAUGAUACUGAAGAGUGGCUUCUUCCAUGCAGAUCCUCAUCCAGGAAAUAUAUUGAUCUGUAAAGUGUGAGUCUUCUAUUGAGGAGUGUGAAAACACUUAACAAGUGAGACACUUAGUGAUUAGAGAGAGGAGAAACAACAAUAGAAGCUUAGUGUGAGUCACCAAUAGCAUGUGGGAAACACAAAGGGAGAGUGUGUGAGUUUGAGAGAUUCCUUUUUUGAGAUUGAGUGAGAGUUGUGAGAAUUCGGGGAUAAAAAUUGGAAGGAUUGUCUCCCAAGUUUGAUGUACUCUUGCUUUAUGGUUGAUUUCUCUCAUUCUCCAGUUUUUUCCCCAAUUGGGUUUUCCACAGAAGUUGGCAUUGAUCAUUUUAUGCAUUUGAUUGACAUAUUAAUCCUUUGUUUCCACACAUUGAUUGACUGUGAAAACCUAACAUUUAGAAUUAUCAAACUUUGCAUGUUGAUUGUGCAACUAUUAGCUUUCAUUGAUAUCCCUUUCCUUCUUAAGUUAGGUUGCCCUGUUGGACUAUGGCCAAGUGAAGGAUCUCCCUCACCAGUUGAGGCUUGGAUAUGCCAAUUUGGUUCUUGCCAUUGCUGAUAAUGAUCCUGUAAGAGCAACAGAAAGCUUUAGGGAGCUUGGCAUUGAUACUGUAAGCAAAUCUCCUAAUGAACAACAGGAUAUGCUUGAGUUGGCACAGACAAUGUUUGAUACAAAGCUACCCCCUGGAGUGUCAAUGCUACAACCUUUCUCUGAAGAAUCUGUGAUUCAAAGAAUUUCCAUACCGGCUUUUCCAGAGGAACUGUUUUCUGUUCUUCGCACGGUACAUCUUCUCAGAGGACUUAGUGUUGGUCUUGGAAUUAACUUCUCAUGUGCUGAACAGUGGAGACCCAUUGCAGAAGAAGCUUUAUAUUUAGCUGGAAGGUUAAAAGGUAUAGAUAGAAAGACUAAAGUUCGCAGGCACAGUCACUUCAGAAGACUAUGAAGAGAUGCAUAUGCUUGAAGAUUAGAAAUUCAAUUAAUUUGUAAAGAGUUCACUCCAUUGGCACCUUCAUUCAUGAUUUUCUCCAGUUUUUUCUUGGUACAACAUAAGCAGAAAAGGCAUACAACAAUUCUUGGAUGAUAAGUGAUUAACAAAGCAAUAGGUAGAAUUACAAAAGGCUGUAGCAGCAGCCAUGUAGGUUGAGAACAUGUAUUUUGCAUCAAAGAUGAUGGAAAUCAUCAAUUAAUUCUGUCUAAUAGUUUGUUACUCCUUUUUGGGAUGCAAUAGCUUUAUGACAUACAUGGUAUAUAUUAUGUAGCCAGUGCACGCCGGUAAGGCAAGAAUAAUGCUGAUGCUAAGAUGAGGUGCUAAUUCAAUUAUAUGGCUCUACUGAAAUAUGCUAUAAUUUUUGAUAAGUU